AUGUAUGCAACCCGUGUUGAUGUGUAUGCAGGAGGAGCGUCAGGGAAGACUAUGUCCAUCGCGCCAGGGUGCGAGCCGCAGAGCCUGCUCAACUGCACCUCUCGCCUGGAGUACCUCAACACCGAUUCCGCUCUCGAACUCGGAUCUUCUUCCCAGGACCUUGAAAACAUCUGCCCGACAUUGCGGGAAGGGAUGGGUUGCAUCGAUGACUACAGCAUGCGAUGCCUCCCGGAAGACGUUAGGACAUACUUUGCAUCCAUGUACAAUGGCACAACUGCAGUCAUCAAGGACCUCUGCACCGCUGGUCGAUUUCAGACUGAGUAUCUGAAGCAUGCACCUUGCAUGGACUCGGCCAAGACGGAAUACAAGGAGUGUGUGGACGGCUACAAUGGGGUCAUGUCCAGGAUUGACCCCCAGGAUCAGUCUCACAGAGACAUCAACCUCAAAGUCAUGUGCUGCACCUUUGCAAACUACAUUGAAUGCUCGAAUCGUCUGGUGUAUGAGAAAUGUGGUCAGGAAACUGCAGGUUUUACUGAGAGGCUUUUGGAUCGCUUGGCUGCACCCAUCAUUCAGGAGCAUUGCAUGAAGCAUGUGAAGAGUCAGGAUGAAUGCAAUGGGAUUAUGACAUCAUGGGAGCAGAGUCUUUCAGAUGGAACAUCACCAUGGGAUGGAGAAGUGGAUCGUGGUUCACAUCGUAUCACAGAUCCACCUGGGCAGCGGCAGGUGACAGGUGGAAGUGAGAGCACCACAGCUGUCAUGAACCUCCUCACCCUCUUGCUUCUCCUUCUUCCAGCCCUGAAUUGAAACAUAUAUAAUGCAAGUGAGUGGGAUGAUGUUGCGUCUGGUGUCACUGCUCAAUCCACCAAAUGUGCCUGAGAGUGGAAAGACAGAAAGGAAGAAUGAAAAUAAAAUCAUAAAUCAACAUGGGAGUUCCAGUUCAAGUCCAGCAAUGAAGGAAGUCAUGUAUUCAAGUCUGUGAUUGAGAGAUGUUCUAUUGUCACAGAGUUUUGGCCACUCCUGUCCUUGUGCUGUUCUGAAUGCUAGCUUUUGCUCUUACUCUAUUUCUCUUUGGCUGUGUCUUAAAAAAAAAAUGCCUUCAGCAGGGUUUGCAGCUACGUUUCAAAUGAAAGUUAUAUCUGGCUAUCUUUCAGAGGCUA